GGGCGCUGCGCAUUCGUCCGGCCCUUUGUCAUCGCGCACUGCUGGGAGCUCACACUUCUUCCAGCCUCCCGCGGGCUCUGGACUUGACUCUGACUGCAGCGCCUGCCUCAGGGACGGGGAUCUAAGGCCUUUGUCCCCGAGCUGCGGGAUGCGCGGGAAGCACCACGCAGCAGAAUAGCUUUGAGUCCGGGAAGCGGAUCCCAGAGCAGAGGAGCGCUGCCCAGCCGUUCUGGGUGAAUUUGGGGAUGGAUGCGAGACCGCGGAGUAUGAGUUCCCAGCUGGCUGUGUGAAGUGUGGCUGUGCCAGCCCUCCUAGUCGUGAGGACCUGGCACUGAGGACAGAGACUGGACAGGCCUGGUUCAGCCUACUGGGUUCUAGGAGUGGACUGAAGCCUCAGCAAGAUCAUGAGUGAGGAAACGGUCCCCGAGGCGUCCUCCCCGCCACCCUCUCAGGGGCAGCACUACUUCGACCGGUUCUCUGAGGAUGAUCCCGAGUACUUGCGCCUUCGCAACCGUGCAGCUGACCUGCGGCAGGACUUCAACCUGAUGGAACAGAAGAAGCGGGUCACCAUGAUCCUGCAGAGCCCUUCUUUCAGGGAGGAGCUGGAAGGCCUCAUCCAGGAGCAGAUGAAGAAGGGCAACAACUCCUCCAACAUCUGGGCCCUCCGACAGAUUGCGGACUUCAUGGCCAGCACCUCCCACGCAGUCUUCCCAGCUUCUUCCAUGAACUUCUCCAUGAUGACACCCAUCAAUGACCUCCACACUGCCGACUCCCUGAACCUGGCCAAGGGGGAGAGGCUUAUGCGGUGCAAGAUCAGCAGUGUCUACCGUCUCCUGGACCUCUACGGCUGGGCGCAGCUCAGUGACACCUAUGUCACGCUGAGAGUGAGCAAGGAGCAGGACCACUUCCUGAUCAGCCCCAAGGGGGUUUCCUGCAGUGAAGUCACAGCAUCUAGCCUGAUUAAGGUGAACAUUCUGGGAGAGGUGGUGGAGAAGGGCAGCAGUUGCUUCCCAGUGGACACCACAGGCUUCAGUCUGCACUCAGCCAUCUAUGCCGCCAGGCCCGACGUGCGGUGUGCCAUCCACCUGCACACGCCUGCCACAGCAGCGGUGUCAGCUAUGAAGUGUGGCCUCCUGCCUGUCUCCCAUAAUGCCCUGCUGGUGGGGGACAUGGCCUACUAUGACUUCAAUGGGGAAAUGGAGCAGGAAGCUGAUCGAAUCAACUUGCAGAAGUGCCUUGGACCCACCUGCAAGAUUCUGGUGCUAAGAAACCAUGGCAUGGUCGCCCUGGGUGACACCGUGGAGGAAGCUUUCUACAAGGUCUUCCACCUGCAGGCUGCAUGUGAAGUACAGGUGUCGGCUCUGUCCAGUGCUGGGGGCACUGAGAACCUCAUCCUCCUGGAGCAAGAGAAACACCGGCCUCACGAAGUGGGCUCUGUGCAGUGGGCUGGCAGCACCUUUGGGCCCAUGCAGAAGAGCCGGCUGGGAGAGCAUGAAUUUGAAGCCCUCAUGAGGAUGCUGGACAACUUAGGCUACAGAACAGGCUAUACAUACCGCCACCCCUUUGUCCAAGAGAAAACCAAACACAAAAGCGAAGUGGAAAUCCCAGCCACAGUCACUGCCUUUGUGUUCGAAGAGGAUGGUGUCCCAGUCCCCGCCCUGCGCCAGCAUGCCCAGAAGCAGCAGAAGGAAAAGACCCGCUGGCUCAACACUCCCAACACCUACCUGCGGGUGAACGUGGCCGACGAGGUGCAGAGGAACAUGGGCAGUCCCCGACCCAAGACCACGUGGAUGAAGGCUGACGAAGUGGAAAAGUCCAGCAGCGGCAUGCCCAUACGGAUCGAAAACCCAAACCAAUUUGUGCCUCUCUACACUGACCCCCAAGAAGUGCUGGACAUGAGGAACAAGAUUCGAGAACAAAACCGACAAGACAUAAAGUCAGCAGGGCCUCAGUCUCAGCUCUUGGCCAGCGUCAUCGCAGAGAAGAGCCGGAGUCCGUCUACAGAGAGCCAGCUGAUGUCCAAGGGCGAUGCAGAUACCAAAGAUGAGCCGGAGGAGACCGUGCCCAACCCCUUCAGCCAACUGACUGACCAGGAGCUGGAGGAGUACAAGAAGGAGGUGGAGAGGAAGAAGCUAGAACAGGAGCAGGAAGGGGAGAAGGACACAGCCACAGAAGAGCCUGGGUCACCUGUAAAGUCCUCACCUGCGUCUCCAGUGCAGAGCCCAACGAAAGCAGGGACCAAGAGCCCAGCGGUCUCUCCUUCCAAGGCUUCGGACGAUGCCAAGAAGACAGAAGUCAGUGAAGCCCACACAGAACCUGAGCCAGCGAAACCAGAAGGGGUGGUGGUGAAUGGGAAGGAGGAGGAGCCGAGCGUGGAAGAGGCCCUCAGCAAAGGACUGGGCCAGAUGACCACCAACGCUGACACUGAUGGUGACAGUUACAAGGACAAAACCGAGUCAGUUACCAGCGGCCCCUUGUCCCCAGAGGGCUCGCCCUCUAAGUCACCCUCCAAAAAGAAAAAGAAAUUCCGAACCCCCUCCUUCCUGAAGAAGAGCAAGAAGAAGGAGAAGGUGGAAUCCUGAUUAGUGGCUCAGUGGGUCCUGCUGCAUCCCUACCCUUCUUCCUUACCCUUCUCCCAACUCUGCCCCUGGAGCACAGGGCCAAGAAGGGAUAGAGGAGGUCCUGGGAUCACACUCAGAGGGGAACUUAGAGCCUGCCUUCCCAGAGCAACCAGGUAUCUUGUCCACAGUCACAGUUAGUUGGCAGCAGAGCCUGCCCUAGAUUUGAGCUUCCUGACUCCCAUGGUCACGGUCACGGUCAUGCUCUGCCCUCUGUUCAACACUGCCUAGUCCUGGGCUGCCUAUGUUAGGACACCACCUGCCCACCUGAGCCCAGGGUAGGAAGGCCAAACACCAGGCAUGGUCACGAAUGCUUAGACCAAGGCUUCUUCUGAGUAUGGCCCAUCUCUUCCCAGGAACCCUGCCUCCUGCUGAUGGAGCUGUCUCCACAGCAAGAAGCCAUGCUUCUCUCUUCCAUUUUGGGUCCCUUUCCCCCUGCUCAAAGUAACCAGGCAGACUUAUCUGCCCCGCCAAUAGAAGUUAAUCUUUGAACCCCAGGCUGAUGGCUUAGCUUGCGCUUUUCCAAACACUAACCCUGAGCUUUCUCCAUGGAACCCACUGAGUGAUGGAUGGAAGAACUCUAAGAGCCAACAGAUAGACGUUGAGCUAAGUCAGCCUGGUGAGCAGGGGUGGGGCGUGGGGUAGUGUCACCAAUCUCUGAGCCCAGGAGCCUGAUCUGUCUGUAUUGUGCAUCUCACAGGCUGAAAAAUUAAACCCAAAUGUAGCUUAAGAAAAAGUCUUAUGCUCAGGGAAGAAAUUCAGAGACAUCAGAAUCUGUAGCUGGCAGUGAGUUGUGUGAGGAGGUUAGAGAUCCCUUUGGCUUUUUGCAGGCUAUGCAGGGCUGUACCUGCCUCACCCUUGUCUGGCAGCCAGGUGUCCCCUGGCCUUCCCAUACCCCCAAGAGCUCUUGCCCACAGACCAGAACAUCUUGCUCUUGGCAUCUUGACCUUGGCUCUUUGGGUUUCAACUCUGAGUCAAGGGUCCAGCAGAGAAUAGUCAGAAAUGAGUCCUUUGGGGCAAAUUCUCUCUCACCAACUUUCAAAGACAUGGCUGACAUUCCCAACCCCAUCACUCUCUUGCAUCCUGAGGCUUGGCCAUAGGCAGAGCUGUUAUCCUCCCAAGGAGUCAUGUGGGUUAAGGAACACUUCUGGCUCCAAGACAAUCCAUCUUCCUUAAAGCACAGUGUCUUCAAAGAGUGUUUCUCCUUUUUUUGUCCUGAUUAUUGUAGAGGUAUUUUGAAGUUUCUUGACUCAUCAGUUUUUCACUUUGCACACACGUGUCUACAAGCACUGCACAGGCUUUCCCCUCUGCCCUCUCAGUCCUCCACAAACUGAACCCUUGCAGGGAUAACUGACCUGCUGAGCAGGAUGCUAAGGCUGGAUUUGAACCCAGGUCUGUCUGAGCCAAGUCCUGCCUCUUCCCAGCUGUGGUGAAUGGACAUCAGCCUUGGCCCAACUAUAAUUGGUCUUAGCUGUGGAGUAUUAGCACCUGAGAUGAAGGUAGAGAGACCACAUGUGGUCCAUCUCAGUGGUACAGUCAGCUGUGGAUGGUGGGAUGUCUUUGCCUCUGACAAUCGAGAGCUGAGCCCUCUGGUUGAAGCAGGAAAUCCCACCACAGUUGGCUGUCUCUUGAACAGAGCUGAGAACCUAGUACAGAUCUGGGGCUGCUGACCAGGCCCUGUUUUGCUCUGCUUUCUGGUUGGGUCAAGUCUAAUGACAGACAACCCAAUGUCCCUGUGUACGAAUGCUCAGAGACUUCUAUCCUGUAGGAGAUGCCUUCUUAAAAAUAAGAUUUCACAUUCAUUUGUUCAUUCAUUCAUUCAUUCAUUCUCUCUUAGCAUUCACUAGGCGUCUACUUGUAUUAGACAUUUUGAAAGAGAUGAGAAGAGUUGACCCUGCAGAGGUGACAUUUGUGUGAGCCGGUGCUGAGGGAUGAGGUCCGUGGACUCUGCCCAAUGAGCUCUCUUUCUCCAUCCACUUUGUAACACUGAAGCUUGCUUAGGCUAAAAUAUCAGAGCUUGCCCUGAGCACCAUCCUUCCAGAUAAUUAAUGGCUGAUUUGAUUUUUAAAACAGAGAGGAACUUCUGGGAAAAACAAAUGUCAGCUGAGGUAGACAGAUGUGGGAGCAUGGGACUCCACACUGUCCUGGGCCAUGCCAGAGCGUUUUGUGAAAGGUGACCGGGAGUGGCUCACAUCCCAGGUGAGCAGGCCUAGGUCUUAAGAACCCUUGUAGACAAUGCAAGAGAUGUGCAUUUCACCAUACUCUGGACACAGGACUGUUAAUUAGGAUAGAAUCACAGAUAGAAGUGUGUUGUAGGGUCCCUUUGGUGGCUGAGUGAGAGAGUACAGGUAAGGCUGCUGGCUGGUCUCACAGGCUGUAUUCUCCCCUACUGCAUGGUAAAAACAACUGACAAAGUGUUUACCGAGCUAAUAAUGCUGGGUUCUCAGCCUCAGACUCUAUUUUGCUUUGGAAUGAGAUCACAGGAGAAGUGUAAAGUCAUUUUGUCAAUUCCCCUUUUCUCUUGCACAUAAAAGAUGCUAUGUGCACAGCUCUGAGGACUGUAGAAAUGGCUGUGUGUCCCAGACGGGACAUUUCUUAGGUUCUGUAAACAAUUGGUUCAAGGUUUGACUGGCAAGGAGGGAUCGUGUAAGCUAAGGAUUUACCAGUCACGGGCUUGUUUCUCACUGAGCCACUGUAGUUCCUACAGAGAAGGGUCAGAGGUUGAACUGGUGCUACUGUGUGACCAGCUGAUGGGGGGUGGGGAGUGGCUUCUCAGCCUGCUUUUACACGCAAUAGAGCAGCACAGAGAGAGGCAAUCAUGGCUCCUCUGAUGUCAUACAUUGGGAAUGGUUGUGAUCUGUGACUAUGUCCCCAAACUAAAAAAACAAAACAAAACAAAAAACCCAAAAACCCCUGUCCCGAGAUGUUCAGCACCAUGGUUUGAAUCUGGCCUGUUGUCAGCUGACCCAAGGUCUGGUCCCUCUCAAAGCCUGGAAAGAGCCAGCCGACACUGGGUAAUGAGUGUAAAGUCCUUGCUCUGUGGACAGGGGGCAUGAGGGACAUGGAUGAGGACCAUAAGUCUCUCACAUUCAGCAGACCCUGCAUUUGUAAGGCACUGCUCUGAGCCACCCUAUCAUGAGACAGUGCCUGAGGCUAGCCCCUGUAGGAUGGCAAUGUGACCAGAUGGCAGACGCUUGACCUUAUGAUAACAGGGCCUCUGGUUGACGUGAGCAGAAAUGCUGUAAUGGAUCUGAAAGAAACAUUUGCCCCUGAAAGUGUGGAUUGUUAGACCUAAGUUUGGACAUAGUAAGGAAGGUUUGCUUAAGAACAGGACACAGCCCUAUGUAGACUUGUGUACCAGGCCUUUUCAUAAAUGUGAAUUUUAUGUCUUAGUUCUGGGCCAAAUGUCAUGAGUUCUUGACAGCCAAACAGGACUAUUGAAGCACCCAUCCCUGUGCUCAUUUUUCAUGUGUUGCUCCACAAAUAUCCAUGGGCUCCUGGCAUAGUUGCCAUCCACUGAGGGCAGAGGGGCCAUGAGGCGUACAUCCUUUCUUGUCACUAAGCCCAACUGAACUCUCUAUGAUCCUGUGUAAUUCAGAAAGACUGAGAAAUGAAUGAAGUGCUAGAUGCUUGCUCUCACUUCCCAUGGAAAGGACAAGGCACCUCACAGCUUAAAGUGUAAUAGGAUUUCACCAGAGAUGGGUGCCUUCAUAUGAGAGAGAAGAGUCCAGAGGCAACUGAGAUUUAUGAAGCAUGUGUAUAUGGUUUUUGCAUGCACAUCCUCUUUCUCCAAUGUGAAGAGGCACCCACAGUACUGUGACCCCUUCCCAGAGCCCUAGCUAACCAGGAUGCAGUGUUCUUCCUGUCAGAAAUGAGAGGUCAUAUAUAAAGCUCUGUUCCCAAGGCACCCAACUGCCCCUCACUGGGGAAGCCACCUUGUCCGGAAGUCUGUAGGGAUCUCACACACAGUGGGAUUUACUGCAGUGGACAAAGUGCCUUUCACUGUCUUUGCACUGACAGUGCCCUGGAGAAGGCAGGCUUCUUUUCAUAGGAAUAAUGAGCAAGACACAUUAUUUGGGUGACCCUAGGAAGUACAGAAGAAGUCACAUUCUGCCUCGUUCACAUGUGGGUGAUAUUAGACUUUUGCCAAAUUGACUUGUGUGCUGCUUGUCUCCAGGAUUCUCCCAUGACUUGGGUGAUCGGUUUGAGGAUGUAGGGCCAGGGAUAGAAGAGGCUCUUGGUGCUGGGAAGGCUCAGGUGCAGGCUAGCCUGAGAAGGCAGUCUUCCAUGGGAGGCAGGUCCUCGGCUCCUCCCUCAGGCACUCUGUCCCAAGCACGAGAUGAGGGUGGGGGCUGGACCCUGAGGGCUCUCCCUAUUCCUUGGGUAGAAAUGACAUCUCAGGAGCUCAGGGGAUGGUGGGAAGGAUCUAACCUCCCCUCCCCUCCCCUCCAGCAAACCAUCCUGUGUAUCUUUUAAAGGCCCCUUUAAUAUGAAUCAGGGUGGCAGUUGGACCUAAACCCUGGGGUUCACACUUGAGAAACAUCAGGAACUCUUAUAGGAUGGCAAUACAUUUAGGGAAGCCCCAGAGCCCCAUUUCAAUGCCACCUUGCUCCUGUGGGUCUUACUAUGUUGGUGAAUCAAACUACAAGAUUGUUCUCUCUGUAAAUUGUUGAACUGAUGGAAGUAAUGAGUCCCCAGGGUCCUCCCUUUCUGAGAAGAUGUGAGGUGGAAUGGAUGAAGCAGGUACCUAACAGGACCCAUGGGAUACAGGGUCAUGGGAACCCAGGCUGGCCAGGGAGUGCAGUGUCUCAUAAUGCUGUGGGUGGUCUUAGUGAAAUGUCUGUCUGACAAUCGUCACAUGAACGUAUGACUUACUGUCUUCCCUUGUACAUAGGCUGUGUUUGGCUUUUCCUAGUACUGUGAGGUUUCCCAAAGGGAUUCCAUGUAAUACUCUGUGCUGUGACAAUGCCACUCUCCCCCAAGAUCACACAUCAUCCCCACAAAUGGUUCUGCCUUUCUCUAUGCUAACACAUCGAGCCACUGAUAUGCAGUUGGAUGGUUAGGCUCUUGGAUUUUAUUUUGCAAUUUUAUAUCUAUAUACAUAUAUAAUAUAUAUAUUUAUGGGUUGGUUUUAUAUGGUUUUCUGUUUGAAUCUAUGAGCAACAAAGCUUUCCUUUGAUUUUCAUGAGAACUUUCCAAAGGCCUUUUGCUGCUUUGGUGUCUGACUGUGUUUGGGGUGGACUCUGCUCGUGGGUUUCUCUGUGUGUGCCGUUAUUUCACCUGCAGAUCUUACCCUAGUAAACCAGAUGUGCUUGGCUUCCCAA